GUCGAGGCACAGCGACGCCUGGACGGCGCUGGCGCGGUGCUGCAGCUGCUGUUGGUGUGCUGGAGGCCUACCCGCUGGAGGAGGAGUUCGCGCGCGCCGUGGAAAGUUUUCCGUUUCGCCGGCGUCGGAGUCCUGUAGCUGCCAAAGGCCCUGCCGCCUGUGGAGAGGCCCGGCCCGGCUCCAGUGCCGCGCGACGCGCCGCCGCCGCCGCCCCAGAGCAGCGCCCCGCCAGAGCCCAGUGCUAUGUGCGCGCGCUCCCGCGCAGCCCGAGCACAGCCGUCCGCCGCGCGCCAGGGCAGCCCCGGCAGCCCCUGCUGCCCCUACCCCCGGAGGACUCCGCGGACGCGCCGCGCUGCUGGACUAGAGAUAGAGGAUCAAGGCUAGACCCAAUAAGAUGCCGGUGGCCGACGUGGAACUGGACUCCGUGGACCCCUGGAGCCCGGGCUACGUCACCCCGGCGUCAACGCCCUCCCCUCGGAGCGCGCGCUCGUGCAGCCCCGGCGGCCCCGAUGGCGCGCCCGCCGUCCCGGUGCGCGGCGACGCAGCAGCCCCCGCGGGAGCGGCCGCGGCCGCGGCCAGGGCCCACCACGCCGCGCCCAGCAGCAGGGUGGUGGCCGUGAGCGUGAGGGAGGCGCACCACAACUACAGCCAGUACAGCUUCAACAGCCUGCUGACGGGCAAGCCCGCCGUCACGGAGGUGCUCAAGGACUUCAACAUGACGGUGCAGCACGGCAACAUAUACGCCCUUCUGGGCUCCAGCGGCUGCGGCAAGACGACGGUGCUGCGCGCGCUGGUUGGCCAGCACCGCUUCACAUCCGGGAGGGUGCGGGUGUUCGGCAAGGAGCCGCGCUCCCGCGGCGUCGGCGUCCCCGGGCCGACGCUCGGCUACAUGCCCCAGGAGCUGGCCGUCCCCGACGGCUUCACCAUCCGGGAGACGCUCAACUAUUUCGGCUGGCUGGCCGGCAUGACGGCGGCCAGCAUCGAGGAGAACAGCGCGGCGCUGCUGCGGCUGCUGGACCUGCCGCCCCGGGACCGGCUGGUCAGCAACCUGAGCGGCGGCCAACAGCGGCGGGUGUCCCUGGCCGUCGCGCUCCUCCACAGCCCGCCGCUCCUCAUCCUGGACGAGCCGACCGUGGGCGUCGACCCCAUCGUCAGACAGAGCAUAUGGGAGCACCUCCUGGGCUUGACGUCGAGCGGCCGGGCGACGGUCAUCAUCACCACGCACUACAUCGAGGAGGCGAGGCAGGCGCACGUGGCCGGCCUCAUGCGGAGAGGCGCCCUCCUCGCCGAGGACACCCCCGAGUCGCUGCUCUCCGCGCUCUCCUGCGUCACGCUGGAGGAGGUCCUUCUCAAGCUGUGCCUCCGCCAGGACAUCGACGAGGUGGAGGUGCAGAAAAUGCUGCACGCGGAUGGGAUGAACAUGGCGCACGAGCUUGAGGCCAUCAAGGACAAGUCCCUGAGGGUGUCCGCCAGAGACGAGGAGGAGGGCGGUCAGGACGGCGACGACGUCAAGGCCAAGCAGCAUCUCAGGACGUCGCGAACGAGCACCAAAGUGAAGGCGUUACUCUGGAAGAACUUCAUGUGGAUCUGGAGGCACCGUAUCAUCUCCACGACCCUCCUCUUUCUGCCGGCGUUCAUCGCCCUGGUUUACACCGGCGGCGUCGGCCACAACCCCCGCGACUUAAACGUGGCCGUCGUGAACGGCGAGACGGACUGCGCGGACUGGAAGGGGGUGGGCCUCGUCGACUGCGCCGCACCCAGGCACCUGAGCUGCAUAUUCCUGGACCAGAUGAGGGCGCAGUCGCUGCAGCCGGUGCUGUACGCCGAGGAGGCCGCGGCGGAGCGCGCCGUGCUGCGGGGCCACGCUUGGGGUGUGGUCCACUUCGGGCGCAACUUCUCCGACGCCCUUGUGGAGCGGGCGGGCAUCACCGUCAGCGUCGGCAACCCAGCGCAGGGCGACGAGGCGGUCGAGCACUCCGCCGUGAACGUCAGGCUCGACAUGUCCCUCCAGACCAUCGGGCACCUGCUGCAAAUGACCCUGUCGACCGUCGCCUCGCAGGCCCUGGAGGUAUUCAACAGCCAGUGCCAGGCCAACGCGCACAUGAUUCGACCUCCUCUCCAGUUUAUGACGGAUCUGCGUCCCUCGGAUCGAGACCCGUCGUUCCUGGAUUACUCUUUGCCCGGCCUCAUACUGAGUGUCGUGUUCAUGUUUGGAUUCACAACGACUAUGUCAGCUCUUCUGCCAGAGAAAACGGACAAGAUUCUCGAGAGAUCACUCGUUUACGGUGAGAGCCACUCUAUCCAAGUCCAUUCACGAAGUUUCACUGGCGUCGGCAGACAGGCCGUAUGAGGAUGCAUCGCGUCC